AUGGCGUCCAAGAUCGACAAUGUGAAGGCCAAGAUCAAAGAUAAGGAGGGCAUCCCGCCGGACCAACAGCGGCUCAGCUUCGCCGAGAAGCAGCUUGAGGACGGUCGGACCCUUGUCGACUACAACAUUCAGAAGGAAUCGACGCUCCACCUGGUUGCCGAAGAAGACGAUGAACAAUGCUCCACCUGGUUCCCGAAGAAGACGAUGAACAGUUUCAACCUCGAGAAGAUGGGUGUGCACAGAUACCGGUCUGUAACACUAAUAGAGUCGGGAAGAAGACACAAGACAAGAAGGAAGAGGAACCCUAAAUUGCAAAUCGUCUCCGACUCCAGCUCCUCUCGUCUCCGACUCUCUACUCCAGCUCUCUUUCCCGCUGAGCUUCUAUUCUGCCUCCUCUCCGUCACUCUCGACUCCGACUCUCGACUCCGGCUCCUCUCCGUCGCUCUUGUCUCCAACUCUCCUUCAAGCUCCUUUUCCCAGGUGAAGGUUUCAUGGCCACCAUUGGCUCCGGAGGCACUUGUACAAUUAUUUGAGUUUGAAUACUUCCAAGAUGACCUGAUUAUUGUUCUCCUAAACACGAUCAAUGAAUCAGAGAGCAUUGAUAGAAGUACUCAGGGUUACAGAAGAGAUAUGAUACCACAAGCAAAAGAUGUUGUGAGGAUUGGUUCUGUCGGAGGAUUUGCAUUGCAAAAGGACAAUAGCAAACGUGGAUUUGAAGCUGGACUUCGUUCCUCCUUCCCUAAUAAACUUCAUUUUGAGGCGGCUCAUCGGGAGUGGAUUUCGACUCUAUCAGAAGGUUUUCUAUGAGAAGUCUAAUUCUGCUUUGGAAAUUGAUUAGUUUAAUGAUAAAAUGAAUGUUUCCUUUUGCCCCCUCUUCCUCACACUUUCUCUAAUUCAGUUUCCUGUAACAACUGAUCCCAUGGCCUUAUGAGCCUAUUGUCUUGACUUCACCGAGUAGCGAAUGAAUUAUUGAACCCA